CUCCGCGCAGCCUCCCCCCGCUUGUUGCGGGGCUCCCUUAGUAUCUGGGCUUCGCGGGCGACCCCCGCCCGGCGAGUUGCUGGCGGCCGGAGCCAGCGAAGGAAGCCGCGGAGCCGGGCCUCGCGGGCAGGUGUGGAAGCUGUGCAGGGCUUUGCGGAGGAGCUCGGCGCCGGGGGCGCAAGGAUGGGCUCAGAGAGCAGCGCCCUGAAGGGCUGCACGCUGGCGGAGCCCGCGUUCACUCUGCCAGCCGGCCUGACCGUGCACCCGGCCGCGCUGCAGGAUGGCCGGCGCGCCUCGGUCUUCGUGUACCGGCGGGAGAAUGAGGACCGCGUGCACAAGGCUGCCAAGCAUCUGAAGACGCUUCGUCACCCUUGCCUGCUGAGAUUCUUAUCUUGCACCGUGGAGGCAGAUGGGAUUCAUCUUGUCACCGAGCGAGUGCAGCCUCUGGAAGCGGCUUUGGAAGUGCUGUCUUCUGCGGAGGUCUGUGCUGGCAUCUAUGACAUACUGCUGGCCCUCAUCUUCCUUCACGACCGAGGACACCUGACCCACAACAAUAUCUGCCUGUCGUCUGUGUUCGUGAGUGAGGACGGCCACUGGAAACUGGGGGGAAUGGAGACUGUCUGCAAAGUGCCUCAGGCGACAUCCGAGUUUCUGAGGAGUAUUCAGUCAGUAAGAGACCCAGCAUCUAUCCCUCCUGAAGAGAUGUCUCCAGAAUUCACAACUCUGCCAGAGUCAUACGGACAUGCCCGGGAUGCGUAUUCAUUUGGGACGUUGGUGGCAAGUUUGCUCACAAUCUUAAGUGAACAGGUUUCAGCGGAUGUUCUCUCCAGCUUCCAACAGACCUUGCACUCAACCCUGCUGAAUCCCAUUCCCACAUGUCGGCCGCCGCUCCGCACCUUACUGUCCCAUGACUUCUUCAGGAAUGAUUUUCUAGAAGUUGUGAAUUUCUUGAAAAGUUUAACAUUGAAGAGUGAAGACGAAAAAACAGAAUUCUUCAAGUUCCUGCUGGACAGAGUCAGCUGCUUGUCCGAAGAGUUAAUAGCCUCGAGGUUGGUGCCUCUUCUGCUUAACCAGCUGGUGUUUGCAGAGCCAGUAGCUGUGAAGAGUUUUCUUCCUCAUCUGCUUGGCCCCAAGAAAGACAGCGCGCGGGGAGAAGCGCCUUGCCUGCUGUCACCGGCCCUGUUCCGGUCGCGGGUGAUCCCCGUGCUGCUCCAGCUGUUUGAGGUGCACGAGGAGCACGUGCGGAUGGUGCUGCUGUCUCACCUCGAGGCCUACGUGGAGCACUUCACUCAGGAGCAGCUGAAGAAAGUCAUCCUGCCACAGGUGUUACUGGGCCUGCGAGAUACCAGCGAUUCCAUUGUGGCCAUUACUCUUCAUAGCCUAGCCGUGCUGGUGUCGUUACUUGGACCAGAGGUGGUUGUGGGAGGUGAAAGAACCAAGAUCUUCAAACGCACUGCCCCAAGUUUUACGAAAAUGGUGGACCUUUCCCCUGAAGGUGAUCAAUAUUCUCAGCCUAUUAAAUUUCCCAUGAAUGGACUCUCAGAUGUGAAAAGUAGUACCUCAGGAGAUAGUGAAAACUUCCCAUCAAGUUCUAAAAGGUCUGAGGAGUGGCCUGACUGGAGCGAGCCCGAGGAGCCCGAAGACAGAGCUGUCCACAUACAGACUUGUCCCGCAGAACCCCGCGACGCCUCCCCGUCCCCGCUCCCUAACUUGAACGCGGAGGCAGUGGCAUGGGAGAACUUUGAGCCCAGCAGCUUAGAUACUGAAACAGACGCAGGAGGAGGAGUCCCCGCGGUGAGACCUGGGACCUCAGGGGGACAGGAGGCCACUCCUGCCUUGUUUUCACUCACUGAAGAAGAGUCCAAGCCUUUAAAAGCCUGCCUGCACCAGAAGACCGGUCUGGAACCAGGCAGAGAUGCCCCAGACCAAACCAAGCCACCAAAAGUGUCACAAGAAAGACGCCUUAAGGCUCCAUCAGAACUGGGUUUAGGAGAGGAGUUCACCAUUCAAGUAAAAAAGAAGCCGGUGCAAGACCCAGAGUUGGACUGGUUUGCGGAUAUGGUCCCAGAAAUUAAGCCUUCAGCUGCUAUUCUCAUUUUGCCGGAACUGAGGACAGACAUGAUGGUCUCCAGCAAGGAUGACGUCUCACCAGUGAUGCAGUUUUCCUCAAAAUUCGCUGCAGCAGAACUUCCCGAGGGAGAGUCCGAAGGCUGGGGAGACGAAGGGGAGCUGAGCUGGGAAGACCAUAACUGGUGACAACGGGGGAAACCGUAGGGCAAAGGAUUUCUUUAAAAAAAAUCAAACGUAUACCUCAAAAGUGGGCUCUGCAGACCAGAAAACCCAAAAGCCCGUUUUCCCCGUCCGUGGCAGCGGCAGCGGCCAGGCGGCGAGCAGGCUCCGCGCUGGUUGGAGGGGCCUGUGCGCGUCCGCCUGAGGCCAGUGUCUGUGAAGAGCAAGUCGCUGUGGAGAGGCUGAAUUGACUGCUUUUUUCCAGGACAAGUCCAGAAGUAAAAAAAAUAAAUACGAAAAUUCAAGCUGAUUAGCUUAAUUUUGUGCCAUUUCUUUAACAGAAGAGUAAGCUUUAUUAUGAAAUACAACUUUCUAUAAAAGUUUUAGCUAUACAGAAUAUAAAUGAUUUUAGACUGCUGAGGUUUCCUCAGGCAGCUUAUUUGUUUGUUUACAGAUGCACUAGCUGAGGGGCCCUGGGCCGUCCUGACUGUUCCACGUGUGUCACGUUGUACCAAAGUUCUUCAUGAGAAAUCUCCCCCUCGACCUGUUCUCUAACUGUCCAAUAAAGACUAUUUUCACUAGCUUCAA